UCGAUGGGAGGAAAUGGCGUUAUGAGCCGCUCCAGACUGUAAGAGAAGUGGGGCAGUAACGUUAGCGUCAAGAGACAACAAUCACUAACCCGCGGCUCUCGGUUUACCAAAUGAAAGAAACGCCCAACCUUACAUUAAUCAUAAAUGUGUAUUAAUACAGUUGCACACUCGAUUAUGUAAGGGCGCUCCAGAUGGACAAAGACAGACUCGCAGCUGGUCCAUGCUCAUGGCUGGAUAUGCAUAAUUUUAUUGGUGACCUUAUGGCUGCAAAUGCUUCAGUCACUGGUCAUCCACUGAGAGAGCAACAUACUGAGGAGACACAGAGUUCUGCUUGGCCCACAGUCUCUCAUCCUCCCCAGUCUACCCCAUCCAGACAGAGCCAGGUGAAAAGUGCUGUUCGGUUUGGUUUGCAGGAAAGGGAAAGGGAACCCAGAGGUCAUGAAAGCCACGUUCAGCAUCGUGCCUGCACAUGUCCUGGCUGCCCUCUUUCCUCAUCUCCUUCUAGUUCCUCAGUCCACACCUUAAAACCCAGAACCAGCCCGGCCUCCCAGAUCCAACCACAUUCAUCCCCACAAUCCACCCCACCGCAGCAGACUAAAGAGCCCAGUGCUGCCCCUGUCGGCCUAGGCUUGUGUCUAGGUUUGGGACUCUCUCUGGAAGAGGAAAACACCGAGCCCAGCAGCACAUCUGGUCACCCCCAACAAGAGGACAAAGGCACUAGCACCCACAGCCCAAUCCCUCAGGCAAAUCCCGAGUCCCCACCAGUUCAGGCCUUUCCGUGUCUAUGCUGCCAACAUGGGUUUCAAACAUGUAGCCAACUUCUACGCCAACAAAAGGACUCAGAGGCACACAUUGCCCAUCACCACUAUCAUCACCACCACCAUCACUGCCCGCUCACCACCUGCACGUCAUGUACGCUCCCAUCGUUCCCUUGCCUAUCCUGCCAGCGCACCUUCCCCACCUGUGCCCAGCUCCUUCGCCAUCAGCAGGGCCACGCGCAACAGGAAGGCUUGCAGCAGCUCCCAUGCAUGCACUGCAAUGCCUCUUUCCCCCGGCCAUCGCAACUGCUGCAGCACCAGCGAACCCAGCAUGCGUCCAAAACCGGCGGCUUCCUGUGCGCCGAGUGCGGCCGUGCAUUCAACUCGCACAGCAAUCUGCGCAUCCACCUCAACGUACACACAGGUGCCCGUCCAUACAGCUGCUCCGACUGCGGCAAGAGCUUUAGCCAGUCUGGGGCGCUUAAGAUUCACCGCCGAAUUCACACCGGAGAAAGACCGUACACCUGCACUUAUUGCGGACGGGGUUUUCCUCACUUAGCUGGGGUGAGAGCGCAUCAGCGAAUUCACACGGGGGAGAAACCGUACCACUGCGGUCAGUGUGGGAAGUGCUUUACUCAGUCCGGGGCUCUGAAGAUCCACACUCGCAUCCACACUGGCGAGAGGCCUUUCGUGUGCGGCCUCUGUGGGAAGAGCUUUUCAAACCGUUCCGGUAUUCGCUUUCAUCACCGCACGGUUCACGGGAUCGUGACAGAGCCCAACUCUGUGGGAAGGCCUAGCCUGGCUGCCUCUGCGUCGUCCUCAGUUUCAGACUUCCAGAGAAUUCAAGCCUCCGGUCUCAACCAGAUCCAUCUCCCGGAAAUGGAAGAGAGGAGUACGCUCAGUAAAGAGCAGUUUAGAGGGGAUGGGGACAAAGAUGCCCUUCCAUAUGCCUGCGAGGACUGCGGUCAGCGUUUUCCAGACGCUCCGUCUAGAAACAAACACCAGACAUUGCAACACUACUCUAAGGAAGAGAGAGAAAAGGAAGAGAGCAGCUCUGACAAAACUAUAGUUUAGACAAAAACAACAAACAUUUCUGACUCCAUGUAUUUCAAAAGAUAAAAGCAGCUUUAAUAUGUAAUGUAUUAAGGCAGAUGUUGAGCCCCUUUGAAGCUUGCUGAUAUUAUCACACUGUUAAGUCAUAACGUAAGAAAUAUUGUUUGUGUCCAAGACGCUAUACAUUUCAAUUGAGAAUGCUAUCUCAUUUAUAUCACACAUUUAAGCUAAACUUACAGUGUACACUACAGUCUCCAGGCUCAGUAUUUUAAUGAUUUAUAAAGAAUUAACCAUCUGAGAUUUCGGUAUAGAGAUAAAGGUUAGGAUCAUGAUUUAUUUGUUAGUAUUACAGCACACUAUGAGCGUACUGAAUAUCACCACCAUUUGUUGUUUGCUUUGGCAUAUGAUAGAGCGCUUGGACCCGGAAAUGGUGGCGUGUGGCGUCAGACCUAACAUUCUUGUUUUGGUCAUGUAAGAUUCUUUUGCCUGUGAUUUGUGCCUCUAAAAAAGCAAAGUUGUGACAACCUGUAUUGUGAAACUGCACCUUAAACUUUAAAUAAGUAGCUUUACCAAUCAGUAUUAAGGUAUUUGUGCAUAUUCAUUAGCAAACCUGCACUAGUUUUUCCACCCUCGAGCCAGAGGUUACCAGAGAGCAAAGAGAAGAAGGCUCGGUUUACAAAGCUCAUGAGUCUCCAUGUCACCAAAGCCGUUCUACCAGCAUGAUUCUCCUGGCCUGAGGACGGUUAGCUAGAAGUGCUGAUAAAUCCAAAACUGGAAGGGUUUGUAUUUGUACUUUGUACUUAAUGCGACUCGUACCACAACUGGUAUUGCUUACAAUCAUGCAGCCCGAUAGUGGAAAAGUGCUUUAUUUACAUUUUAGCACUUUGUACGUAUGUAUGUGAAAGUAUUUUGCAGGCUUGCAAGUAGUUUUUUUAAGCUUUUAAGUUUUUUUUAACCAUAUAGAGCAGUGGUUUUCAAACCUCUCCAUGAAG